AUGAUCCCAAACAUCCUCCGCCGGCUCCAGGGUGGAAACCUGGAAGUUUUCAAGGUCAGUUCCGCGCUCAUCUACAUGUCUUCCAAACCUCUGCAGUUUCUUUCCUUCCAAUGCUUCUAUAACGGCUUAUCUCCGGCUUGUACUAAUCUGUUCUCUCUCCAGUUCGGCAUGUAUGUCCUCUUUCCUAUCGGAUGGAUGUACUACUUCGGCACGAACCUCGACGAUCGCUUCAACGUGAAGGGCUUCUGGCCCACUGCCGAACAAUCACACAAGAUCCCGCUGGACAAGGAGGAGAUUGAUAAGGAGCUUUCACGCAUGCGCAUGGCGGAUGCUCUCCGGCGAGAGCGACAGCAGAAGGAGCAGGAGGCGUUGGCAGCCCAGGCGCAGGCGCAGGCGGAUACACAGCAGUCCCAGGCUAGUCAAUGA